AUGGCCGAGACGAGCGAGGAGGUGGCGGUGCUGGUGCAACGGGUGGUGAAGGACAUCACCAACGCCUUCAGGAGGAACCCACAUAUAGACGAAAUUGGACUGAUCCCAUGUCCUGAAGCCAGGUAUAACCGGAGUCCUAUAGUCCUGGUUGAAAACAAACUUGGUGUGGAAAGCUGGUGUGUCAAGUUCCUUUUACCCUAUGUCCACAACAAGCUCCUUCUAUACAGAACGAGAAAGCAGUGGCUGAACAAGGAUGAGUUGAUAGAUGUCACAUGCACCUUGCUGCUUCUAAACCCAGACUUUACCACUGCAUGGAAUGUGAGGAAAGAGCUGAUCCUUUCUGGCACUUUAAAUCCAAUUAAGGACUUACAUCUGGGAAAAUUAGCCUUAACUAAGUUUCCAAAGAGUCCAGAAACGUGGAUUCACAGGCGAUGGGUGCUACAACAGCUAAUUCAGGAAACCUCCUUGCCUUCCUUUGUGAUUAAAGGAAACUUGGGAACAAUUCCUGCAGAACGGACACAGCGACUAAUACAGGAAGAGAUGGAGGUCUGUGGUGAAGCUGCGGGAAGAUACUCAAGCAACUAUAAUGCCUGGUCCCAUAGGAUCUGGGUUUUACAACAUCUGGCCAAGUUAGACGUCAAGAUUCUUCUUGAUGAACUCUCUUCUACUAAGCAUUGGGCAUCCAUGCAUGUUUCAGACCACAGUGGAUUUCACUACCGCCAGUUUUUGAUAAAGUCUUUGAUUAGCCAAACUGUGAUAGAUGGUUCUGUAUUGGAGCAAAACCCUUUGAGAAGUGAGCCUGCCCUAGUUCUUCCAAAAGAUGAAGAAGCAGCAGCUUCAACAGAAGAACCAAGGAUUAAUCUUCCCCAUCUUCUAGAAGAAGAAGUUGAAUUCACCACUGAUCUCAUUGAUACCUACCCAGGACAUGAAACGCUAUGGUGUCAUAGGAGGCAUGUCUUCUUCCUUCAGCAUCAUUUAAAUGCAGGCGCCCCCACAGCUCUGGCAAUGGAGGUGGAUGGACUGAAUGACUCUAACAAGCAAGGCUAUUCCCAGGAAACCAAACGCCUGAAGCGGACCCCAGCUCCAGACUGCCUAGGCCUAGAAAUGGAGCACCGGUUCAUUGAUCAAGUGUUGUCCACCUGCCGGAAUGUAGAGCAAGCUCGGUUUGCCAAUGCAUAUAGGAAAUGGCUGGAUACUUUGAGUCAAUGA